AUGGAAGACGACGAUGGUUGUAAAAUUUUCAAUUAUGGUUACUUCCAUAACAUCAAUUUUAUGGAUACAGGAGGAUAUGGGAUUAUAUAUAAAGCCACUCUUUUUGGGAAAAUUGUUGUUUUGAAAAAAUUAAAAGAAGAUGGGAAUGAAGCAGAUUUACAUAAUGAGAUAAAACUUCUUAAAAAAGUUGGUUUUCAUCCGAAUAUCAAUUCACUCUUUGGAACUACUGAAGAUCCAAAAACUAAAAAUACAAUAAUGGUCUUGAAUUACGCAAAUGAAGGAAAUCUACAAAGUUAUAUUAGAAAAAAUUGGUUAAAAUUGACUUGGAGAAAGAAAAUCAAAUUCGCACUUGAUAUAGCAAGCGGGAUUGAACAUCUCCAUAAGUUUAAAAUAAUACAUCGUGAUUUGCAUCCUAAAAACAUUCUCGUUGACAAUGGUGUAUUGAAGAUAGCCGAUUUAGGGUGUUCAAAGAUUUUAUGUGAAAAUUCGUUAUCCAACUCAAAUCUUUGUGGAAUAAUAGCAUAUAUUGAUCCCCAAUGCUUUAUUAGCUCGCGCAAAAAAUUCAAGAGAAAUUAUAAAUCGGAUAUCUAUAGUUUUGGCAUGAUCAUGUGGUUUAUUUCUACCGGACGCCAACCUUUCGAAGGCUCUUAUCAGUGUACCCCUAAAGAAAUACUAGAUGGAUCAAGAGAACAAGAUUUAUCUCAAAAAACACCUCCUGAAUACAUUGAAAUAUAUAAAAAAUCUUGGGAUUCGGAUCCAGAAAAGCGACCUCAACUGAUAGAAAUAAAAAAAGUGUUGGAAAUUCUUCAAAAACAAAUAGAACAAUGCUGUGAAUAUCCAUAUGAUUCUAUGGAACCAAAAGAAAACCUCCAAAUACCCCAAAUCACAAAAAUAUCUGAUCACACACAUUAUUCGUAUUCUACUGAUUCCAUCUCAAAUUUUAGUUCUACUUCAAACCUUCAUUAUUCAUGUGACCCUCCAGAACCAAAAGUAAAUCCCCAUAUUAUCAUAACAUCCAAUUCUAUUUCAACAGAAUUCGAUUUAGUCAAAGAAUUUAGAGAAUUAAUCAUGGAUCACAAAUUCAUAGGCUCACUAAAAACAGAAAAAGCAGUUCAAAGGUUCUUGGAAGAUUAUGAAAAUGAAGCACCAAAAAUUUUCAAUUCAUUACAAGUAAUGCGACAUGAACGAAAGGAUCUAUUUCUAGCCUUAUCAUAUUUUUAUGGAUUUGGUAUAGAAAAAAAUGUUAAAAAGUAUUUGGACAACCUUGAAAACGCAUUCACAAAAGAUGUGUUUGCAAUUUCAGAAUUAGCAACUUGUUAUCGUAAGGGUACUGGGGUCGAGAAGGAUAUUGAAAAAGCGUUUGAGCUUUAUAAAAUAUGUGUAGAGUAUGGUUCCAUGGUUGACAAAUGUUCAUUGAGCGAGUUUUAUCUUAAAGGAAUUGGUGGGGCAAGAAAAGACCCAAAACAUGCAUUCGACUUGUUAAAAAGUUCUGCCACAGUUGGGUACAUUCCUGCAAUGUAUUGGUUAGGAUAUUAUUACCAAUACGGAUUUGGUGUUAGACAGAAUUUAGAAAAGGCUGCAGACCUAUAUCGCGAAGUUAUUCAAAAUGGGGAUUAUAAAGAUGCAAGAAAAAAACUGGAAGAAUUAUCAAAUCAAGGAAAUUCUAUUUCGAAGAAAUCUUUAGGUUCUUUAGAUUAA